AUGAACGUGCAGAGUAUUCGCAUCGUUGCUGCUGGAGAGGAUUCUCUUCCUCACAGCGUGCGUGUCUGCUACGAGGACGCAGAGGGCCGAGUUGUACCUUACCCUGCUUCCAACUAUCGCAUCAUUACCGAGGAGACCCACCACCGUGAGAUGAUGUUCAACAGACACAUCGUCAGCUACUUCCAGCUCUGCAUCAACGUCAUAAUCGCCUACUUUUUCGGCUUCCUGGUCUGCUACGGCAUGCUCAGCAUCAUCCGCCCUUGCUCUGCUCACGGAACCGUCAACCCGGCCUUCGAGAUCGCCGCUCGCCAGGAGUACUCCCUCGACAACACCAUGAAUCUUGCUCACUGCAACAUCCAGCUCGAGAAGCGCGGCUACAUUGACGAGGCUGCCUUUCGCCGAGCUCAGCUUGCCAACUCCCUUCGUCAUGCGGGCAUUACCAUGCGUGACAUCGACUCUGUUCUCAGCACCGACCAUGAGAUCACUGAUGACAGCGUCAACUGGCACUCUCCAGAUGCUGACAUCUUCGCCACUCGUGAUGAUGGUUGCGUUCUCAGCAUUGAGACUACUGAGGGUCCUUUCUACGUCGAGGGAGAGCUCGACCGCUUCGACCUGACCGAUGGCCAGUCUGGCAUUCCCAUGUACCUCGACCUCCAGAUCAUCGACACCGAGACCUGUCAGCCCGUUCCCAACAUCUGGGUUGAAGUCUGGCACACCAACUCCACCGGCAUCUACUCCGGCGUCGUCUCCAAGGCCAACGGCGCAGGCGAAGCUGACCCCUCCAACGCAGACAAGACAUUCCACCGCGGCCUCCGCAAGACCAACGCCAACGGCGCCGUCUGGUUCGGCACCAAUCUGCCCGGCCACUACUCCGGCCGCACCCCGCACAUCCACAUUAUGACCCAUGUCCCGGGCACCGAGCGCCUCGCCAACGGCACCAUCCAGGACAAUGUCGCUACCCACGCGGGCCAGCUCUUCCUCGACCAGAAGCUCGUCGAUACCUUCCGCAAGCACGAGCGCUAUGCCGCCAACGAGCAGACGUUCAUCGAGAAUAAGCAGGAUUACUAUUUCCGUCAGGAGGCGAACUUUACGGAUCCUGUGAUGAGCUAUGUUCUGCUUGAUCAUGAGGAUCGUGAUAUCGAGAAGGGUGUUAUGGCUUGGAAGCUUGUGGGUGUGAACAUGACCAAUGUUCGCGAGAUCCACGUGGCUCAUCAGUUGGAGGGUUAG